AUGUUCUCUGUUUAAUACAAUAUAUUUUAUUAAGAUCUGAAUACCUUUAAUAAUAAAAGAUCUCUUGAAAUUAAAAAGUGCUAAUCCGAAAACUUAGUUAAAUACCUUCUACCUAAUCAUAUUUUAAAACAAUUUUUAUCUAAUAAUUAAAGAGAGGUUUUAGUAGAAUAGUUAGAAGAAGCAACCUUAUUGUUUGCUGAUAUAGCAGGAUUUACAGAAUAUUCUAGUAAGGUUGAACCUGAGUAAGUUGUUAAUAUGUUAAGAAAUCUAUUCACAGAAUUUGAUAAAAAAUGUUUAACUUAAAAUACAUACAAGCUGUAUACUAUUGGAGACUGUUAUGUUGCAGUGGGAGUUAUAGAUAUUAGACAAAGAAAUCCAGCAUAAGAGGCUAAAAAUGUUGUUGAAUUGGGAUUUGGAAUGAUUGACAUUAUUAGAAAUGUAAGAUAGAUAAUUGGAUUUGACGGAUUAGAUAUGAGAAUUGGAAUACAUACUGUAUAUCAUUAUAUUUUAAAUCUUAGGGGAAAGUUAUUGCAGGAAUUUUAGGAACCGAAAUAGUUAGGUAUGAUGUUUAUGGAGCAGAUGUUAUGAUUUCAAAUAAAAUGGAAUCAAAUGGAGAGAAAGGAAGAGUUCAAGUCUCAGAGGAAACCAAGCAAUUAUUAGAAGUCUAAUAUCCUGGGGCAUUCAAUUUUAUUCCUAAUAAAUUAAUUGAAUUUAAAUCAAUUAAUAGACAAACAAAUGGUUACUUUGUUGAACCUCAAAAAAAUGAUUCUGGAUUUGAUGAUUCAAAUCAGCCUAGCGAAAGAGAAUCAUUUAAAAUAUGA